AUUUUAUAACACAGGAUUAACUUAUAUAACUUAUUCAGCCUCUCUGUGGUUGUAUAAGUACUGUUUCUCGGUUUCGUAACUUAUUUAUUUAUGCAGGAACAGUCUCUCCUGUGCCCUGCUAGUCUUUAUCGCCUUCAUUGAAAAGAAUAAUGCCAUCCAGUGUGGAGACCGAAGAAAGAUCCAUAAAAAUCGGAAUACUAGAAGUCCAAGGAGCCUUUCUUGAGCAUAAAAAUGCUCUUCUGAAGGCGAAGGAGCAAAUAAAACUUCCGGUUCAGAUUGAAACGUUUGAAGUCCGAAACCCUAGCCAUGUGACUUCCGAUCUCGACGGCAUGAUAAUUCCAGGAGGCGAGAGCACAACAAUUAGCCUCUUUCUAAAAAGAAACAAUAUGAUUGAACCAUUGCACGACUGGAUACAGAACCGGAAACACGUGACAUGGGGGACAUGCGCGGGAAUGAUAAUUCUUGCAAGACAGAAUGAGAAUCAGAAAAUUGGUGGACAACCUAUGCUAGAUGUGAUGGAUACUGACGUCUCGAGGAAUUACUUCGGCAGACAGGUGAACAGUUUUGAAGCGGAAGUGAAUCUCAGUGACAGUUUUACACAGGUGUGUCCCGGUGAUAAAACAUAUCACGGCGUGUUUAUACGGGCACCUGCCGUGGUACAGACACUCUCACCUAAGGUGGAGGUGCUCGCUACCUUCACACAGAAGGAGAAAGCUGAGGACGUGAUAGUGGCGGUACAACAGGAGAACAUCAUCGCCACGGCCUUCCACCCGGAACUGACGGAAGAUGUCAGGUGGCACCAAUUCUUUAUAAAACGUCUGCUAGCAAACAAAACUGCGCCUUAAAACAAAGUCCGGUCAAAGAGUUAUUCCUCUUUUAUUGCUUCACCGUUAGGGCUUACAUCCUUUUAAAUAAUGCCUGAUUCUAAACCCUUUUAGAAUCCAACCCUUUUUAUUAUACUCCUGCUCUGAUGGAGAGGGGGGUACUGUUUCACCCUUGUGUGUCUGGCUGUGUAGUUGUGUGUCUGUCAGUACUACUUGAAUUUUCUUGUCACAGUUUUCUCAGCAACUACUCAUCGCAGAUGCUUGACAUUUUAACACAGUCUUUUUAGGCAUGCCAUAUCAUUAUGAUGGGAUAUAUGAGAGCAUGUAUGUAUUCAUAUCAGAGCAGGGGUAUUACCAGUGAGCAUCAAAUUAUAGUUUCUUUGUUUUUUUAAAAGUUGUUUUUAUUUUUUAUAAAAAUCUUGAAUUUUAACGGGGAUGAGCUAGAUAUUUGGAUGACAGUGAUCAUUUUAUUUUAUUGUGGAUUGUGAGUUCUUUUGUCAAAAUGACAGCCCUAUUAAAAGUAAAACAAAA